ACUGCAUGCUCUGCGACGUGACAUUAGUGCCCUUACCUUAGGUAAGUUUUCAAUGAAGACUUGGUUAAUAUAGAUAUGCACUGCGAUGGCACCUCUCUCAUGCCUCAGGACAUACGGGUAUAUCAUAUAUCCUUGACUGCCCCGUCAUGCAAGAUUUCCUACUCUUAAUUACUUACUUAUCACCCUUCUUCUUCCCCAAGUGCCUUUUGCUUUUCAUUCGAUGCUUUUCUCGGGAGGAUACCUCUGAGAUACAGACCUAUCUGAAUACUGUUAACUCGAGCAUUUCUUCUUAUGUCAUGAUGUUUCUGCAGGCAAUACUUGAUCCGUAAAUGUUUGAUCCUGUUGAGAAAUGAAAGUGUUGGCGAGGCCUUUUAUAAUUUGCCAUGAUAUCGGAUGGGGUUUACUGGUGACGGUCGGCUACGGUAUGGAAAAUGUUAUGAUUUCCUUUAGAGUUAUGUUUUCGACGCUCUGAUGCGGUGAUGCUGUUGUGAGGCUCUGCGGGGUAUGUUAAACACGUAUACGUUACGGCACCUGGGGUUAAGAUAGAUAUAUGACUUGUGAAAUCCACCUCUUAUCUAUUACCUAUCAGCUACCUGGUUUUCAUAAAUGAAGACCUGCUCUCGAAGCGAAAUAGUCGAAACAAUAGUUUAUGUUAAAUAAUGCACGUCGAGAAGAAUGUAAAAUAAG